GAACUACAAAUCGAGGCAUGCUGGGAACAUUCCCCGCUCCUCCCAGGAAAUGUCCUUUGUCCAGCCCCACAGGAAGCCUCAGUGAGGAGGCAGCGGGCAGCGAGCCCGAGUGCCAGCCCGCGGCCGCACCGCCGCCGCUCCGGGCAGACGCGCGGGCGCCAGGCUCUGGCAGUGCGCUGGGAGCCGCCCGGCGCACCGCAGAAAACAUCUGUGUGAAACUUGGCAGCAUAGUCAUCCACCUUCCAAAGGAACCCGCCUGCCCUGCAGAAUGCUGUUGGCUGACUGAGCUCAGACACUGCCGCUUCCCCAGGACAUUUCAGGGAAGGGCUCAGUCUCUGCACUCUAAGAAGGACCCUUGGUUACCGCCUUUGCCCUUCUUUUGCUGGAUGGAACAGGAAGAUAAUCAGGGUGUGUGUGAACUCCAGAAUUCUGAAGAGAGAGGCAUGGGUUCUGACUUUGAGAACUCUGAGGACCGGGAAGGGGACCCAGGAGAACGAGGAAUGGGCUCUAAUCCACGGGACACAGAAGAGAGAGGCCACCUGGAGGAGGAGGUGGACUCCAUCCCACAGGAUGCUGACCUAGGAGAGGACUCACAAGAGAGGGAAGUAGUGUCCACUGUCUGUUCAGAGAGGCUGCUGUGUGAGGAAGAAGGGGCUGUUCUCCGUGAGGAAGAGGACGCCCAGCCCGGUGUGGCUGACAUGGCGCUGUUCCCAGGAUUGUCAGAAUCCGACAGCAUAUCCCGGAGUCCUCGGGGAGAGGAGGAGGGGGAGGAGGAGGAGGAGGAGGAAGAGGAGGAAAGUGCCGGGGAGAACCGGCUGACGGAGGAAGAAGAGCAGCUGCCCGCUCCGGUGCUUCCCUGGAGGCGUCACCUCUCCCUGGGCGGCCAUCACCUGGGUGACAAGCCUCAUCGCCGCUUCCACCGGCUCCACCACCCCAUGGCCGUGGACCUCGGGGAACUCGACAGUCUGAUGGCCAGCAUCAUGGACGCGCCCACCAUCUGCCCGGACUGCGGGGAGAGCUUCAGCCCCGGCGCCGCCUUCCUGCAGCACCAGCGCAUCCACCGCCUGGCGGAGGCGGCGGCCGUGGCCAGCCUGGAGCCCUUCGGCUUGGCGGGCGAGUGCGGAGGGGUGGUGGGGGUGAUGGGCGUGGCCGGCGGCUUCGGGGCGGGGCCCGCGCUGGCCCGGCCCCCUCGCGAGAAGCCCUUCCGCUGCGGCGAGUGCGGCAAGGGCUUCAGCCGCAACACCUACCUGACCAACCACCUGCGGCUGCACACGGGCGAGCGGCCCAACCUGUGCGGCGACUGCGGCAAGAGCUUCAGCUGGCGCGCCGACCUGCUCAAGCACCGGCGCCUGCACACGGGCGAGAAGCCCUACCCGUGCCCCGAGUGCGGCGAGGCCUUCAGCCUCAGCUCGCACCUGCUGAGCCACCGGCGGGCGCACGCGGCGGCGGCGGCGGCGGGCGGCGCGGGCCCCGCGGCGCUGCGGCCCUUCGCGUGCGGCGAGUGCGGCAAGGGCUUCGUGCGCCGCUCGCACCUGGCCAACCACCAGCGCAUCCACACCGGCGAGAAGCCGCACGGCUGCGGCGAGUGCGGCAAGCGCUUCAGCUGGCGCUCGGACCUGGUGAAGCACCAGCGCGUGCACACGGGCGAGAAGCCCUACAUGUGCUCCGAGUGCGGCGAGGCCUUCAGCGUGAGCUCGCACCUCUUCACGCACAAGCGCACGCACUCGGGCGAGCGGCCCUACGUGUGCCGCGAGUGCGGCAAGGGCUUCGGCCGCAACUCGCACCUGGUCAACCACCUGCGCGUGCACACGGGCGAGAAGCCGUUCCGCUGCGCCCAGUGCGAGAAGCGCUUCGGCGACUUCUCCACGCUCACGCAGCACCAGCGCACGCACACGGGCGAGAAGCCCUACACGUGCCUCGAGUGCGGCAAGAGCUUCAUCCAGAGCUCCCACCUCAUCCGCCACCGCCGCAUCCACACCGGCAACAAGCCCCACAAGUGCGCCGGCUGCGGCAAGGGCUUCCGCUACAAGACGCACCUUGCGCAGCAUCAGAAGCUGCACCUGUGCUAGGGCCAGGGUCCGAGCGAGUUGGGAGCCAUAGGCCUGGUGACUGAUCCUGUAGAUGUCGGGGGAAGGGGCGGGAGGGGCGGCCUGAGAGUGUCUGGGGGAAGCCUUUUGAUGUGUGGGGUCCCCUUAGGGGACGGUUAAGAAGAGUUUCUGUGUCGAGGUGCCCAUCUCUACCGUUGAAGUAACUCUUGAAGAGAUGCGCUGGAGUCGAUGGCUUACUUAGACACACACUGUAAGGAGUGAAAAGCUUGGGUGGGCAGGCUUGGGGGAUCCCGAGGAAGGGGUUUGGGGCCUGGGUAGAGAGAGUUGGGCUGCCAUGUUUGUGGGAACCGGGAGAGCUGGUUUGCCUAGAGUUCCAGGAGUGCAGUAGAACGCGGGUAGGAAUAAGUCUGUCACACCUGAGGAGUAGUAAGCGCAUGUUUGCCCUGACACCUCGCAUACCAGCUCUGGUCUCAUCCCUGAGGAAGAGGGUGCUUAGUAUCCACUUCCUGUCCUCUGAGCCUCGGUUAGCUGCUGUCUCGAGACAUCAGGGGGAACUGAACAGAAAAACUGCACAGUUGCUUCAAGGAGCAACCUUAGAAAUUCACCUGUCGUUGGUUCUCAGAUCUCUUAGGAAGUCCUGCACCUGGUCCUUCACUGAUUCUUAAAAGUACUCAAGCUUCAUGUCGGGUCAGGGUUGCCUAGGCAGAUGGAUGACCCUAACCCCUAAGUCAGGUAAGUCAGGACCACCUAGUCUGUCUUCACCCAGUUCGGCUUGAAGGGUAGGUUUCAGAACUGAAGACCGUUGACAGCUGCCUCAGAAACCUGUUCACCAAAGUCAACAAGCUGUUUCUGCUGGCUUUGUGUGGAACGCGAAGGCGGAGUUCACAGGAUGGGAUGCCUUCAUUUGCAUAAGAGUACCCUGAACCCCAACUUCUGCACAGAUUAAUGAGGGCAGGUGAUCCAAACAGGAGUUCCUUCCCCCACCCCAAAUAAAUAAAAGAGACAAAGAUGUACACAUGGAAGGCACAGUCAGGGCAAGGUGGAAAUGCAAAAUUGCCAAAUAGCACAAACAAUGAAUGUUUUCUAGUUGUACAGAUGCCAAAAUGGCACUUUUGCAUUUGCAGAGUGCUUUAUGCUUUUUAAAUGAUUGCUAGUGUUUUUACAUGCCUGUGAGGUAAAUCAGUGUUACAAGCUGUGAUUUGGGAAAGGUCUGGGGUGGGAGUGUGGCAAACCUCUUGAAGGUCGGGACUGUGGAUGAUGGAGUCUGACCUUUUGAGUUCUCAAGCUUGGUUGCUAGGAUGACUUAUGUGCUCUGGCUUAUAUGGUAAAGAACACUGAGCCUUCCUGUGCUUGAUGGAAGAAUUAAAGCCUAGAAGGACCAAAGAUGUCCUUAUUGACAAAGCUGGCCUUUGUCACCUGAUUCCAGUGUCCUCACUAUGUUCUAUUUCUAGUAGGGAGCUGUAGGCAAAUGACUUGUACAGAUUUUGGUUGCCUGCCCCGGAAGCGGCUCCCCUAGAUUAGCCUUUAGAAGUCCGUGUUGUGGCAAGCAGUAAAGUUUUCAUCACUAACACGUAUGACUCUGUGCUGUUCACGGGAGUCUCUAAUUGUUGGAUGCAGUUGAAGUGGGAGGAAAAAAAAAUUACACAAUUGUUUUUACAGUUUUAGCUGUUCCUGCGAGUGCUAGUGAUUUAUACUUGAUUAUUUGUGUUUUAAUAACGAGCUUUUUUGAGGACUGUAGGGAAGCAUGGUUAAGUUUUUGUUUGUUUGUUUGUUUUGUCAUUCUAAGAACACUUUAAAAAAUCUGGAGAACAUCCCAGCUUUUGUAUAUCGCUUGCUGAUCUUAUCCACUUAAUCUGUUUAUUGCUCACAGAAAACAAAUGCUCACACGAGGAGUAGUUUUGCAAAACACUAUUUCUCUUCCAGCAUUCUUUAGUGAAGACUUGCACAUGCAGAGUCUGUGCCCAUUAUUUAUUAACUCUUGCAGUCUCGGUGCCCAGUGUGUGAGAUCCACUUGAAACAAUACAACUAAUUUGUAGGCAAUCUUCAUCUUCUUUUUGUUUGUUUUGAGGCAAGGUCACUCUACAUAGCUGUCCUGGAACUCACCAUGUAGACACCAGGCUGGCCUCAAACUCACAGAGAGUUUGCCUCUGCCUCCUGGGGACUGGGAUUACAGGCACGUGCCACUACGACCAGCUUUUUUUGUUGUUUCACAUCUACCUCUUCUAGCUGUUUUUAAGUUGUCUCGAGUGUGUGCCAAUGAAAUCUCAUCCAACUUUUCAGUCUUCAUGUAUUUUUUAAGCCAGUUUAUGGGCUUUUUGUUUUGGCCCUUUGUCACCGUCAUUACACACAGGACAGACAUUAUCAAAUGUUAUGGAACAGCAGCUUUAGAGAGUAGGUUUGGUAGGGAGUAGAUAUCCAAGUUGGUAUGAAGAAAUGGCAGUGGAAGUCUUUGGACUUAUCUCUCUUGUUCUUUCUAUUGCCAUGAAUAAGAGGAUCAGCUACUGUGUUAUUUUUUUCUUGAGCCAAACCCCACAGUGGAAGAAACUGUUCAGCCAUCAGUGUAUUUAAAAUGUGAUUCCAUUUCUCGUAUUUCUUCAGGGAACGAACAUGCCCACAUUAUUAAGUGAGAUUCCAUCUGCCCAGGUGGUUAUUUCUUGUCUUCUGUCUUAGAAUUAAUAGUGUGUUUUUGUUUUUUGUUUGUUUGAUUUUCUUUUUCAGGAUACCCUUGUGACUGUGGUUCAUGCUUGAAAUGUUAAAGAUUCCUUGAUCCAACUCAUUACUGAUGUUGGAGGCAUUUGUACUAUUUAUUUCCUGUGGAAUUUGGUCAAAAGCAGGCUAUUUUUGCUGUCCUUUACUAAGUAAAAGUGAGAGAACUUUAUGAGCUUAAAUGACUUCAUUCUGAGGCAGAAAGAAAAGGUGAACAGCAACCCUUUGAGCCAUGCUGUCUCUUUACAGUUUAGAGGCUGUACAUGUGUGUGAGAAGUAAAAAUUAAAAAAAAAAAACUAUGUUCAUAGACAAUCUGAACUGUUUCUGAAGUUUGUGCACACUUUCCAUUGUAGUGCUAUUUUACAUCUGUUUGUUAAAGUAGUGAGUAAUUUAAUGAUCCUAAGAAUACCAGAGUCUGUGUGAGUAUGCUUAUGUAUGUGAGAACUGCUUUGUUUUCAGGUUGUUUUAUUUAAUGAUGGUUCCUUGAACAGAUUUUGGUGUUCAGCAGCCGAUGUGGGACAUUUGUCAUUAAAUUACUAUCAGUCAUUUAUCAUAUCAUGCAUUAGUAUGUGUCACACGUUUGACUCUUUGUCCGUGUAAUUUUGCUGAAAUGCAGUUUCACCCACACAGGCUUGCUUACAAACUGUCUAUGGACAUUUUCAUGCGAAGUGAAGUGAUCAUGACAGAAAUCACAUGGGGGCAUAACUAAAUUAUUUACCAGCGUAGUGGGGGGUGUAGUGGGCACGCUGCAAGAGGCUGGCACAGGAUGAAUGCUCGUAUGAGGCCAGCCUGGCCUAUGUAGUCAGACACUGAUCCGAAUUUGUCAUUUUAAGAUCCGCAUAUGUAUUUAUGCACACGUAUGUGCGCACACACACUAGGGCGCCCUAGUUUGCUUUUGAUGGCUGUGAUAAAACACCAUGACCAAAAACAACCUGCGGAGGAAAGGGAUUACAUGGCUAAGUUAUUCCAAUCACAGCCCACGUGAAAGCAAGUCAGGGCAAGAACUAAGAGGCAGGACUGAAGCAGAGGCCACGGAGGAAUACCGAAUGCUGGCUUGCUCCCCGAGCCUUGUUCCGCUUGCUCUGAGUUGCUUUAUAACUCAGAACCAGCUGCCCUAGGAUGGCACCAACCACAGUGGGAUGCCCCCCACCAUCAAUCAUUAAUCAAGAAAAUGCCUCACAGGUUUGCCGGCUGGCCAAUCUUGUGAGGCAUUUUCUCAUUUCCUCCUUCCCAGAUGACUCUACCUUGUGUCAAACUGAAAAAACAACAAACAAACAAAAGAACAAAACAAAACAAAAAAACAAAAAAACCUAACCAGCACAAUUGACCCUUUGUCCUUGAAACACAAAUACACCACUAUUAAAACAUUUUUCUAGUCUUUGA